GGGACUUGGAGCGGUCUGGGGAAGAUGCGGGGAAAGCUUUUCUAUUGCGUCUGAUGAUCUGGCAUCUGGCUUUUUGUUGCACAUGGGCUACUAUGACUCGGAUAUAGAAGUGGCCGCCGAAGAGGGCUGUCUGUGCCCUUCAAUAGCCUUUCUUUCUUUCGUUCUUUUCAAAUAUUGUUCUCCUCCUCCUUCUUUUUCUUCUGUAAACAGAAUUCUUCAUACUCAAUAUGGAUUCAAUCAAACCAAACAGCGAGAAAAUCGAAGAUGCCCCGCGGAAGUCACUCGACCUGAUCUCCGGGGACUUUGAGCAUCAGCAGAAAUUGACCCGGAGCAUCUUGUUCAAACUAGACACGAGAAUUCUUCCUAUCUUGGCUAUCCUGUUUCUCUGUUCUUUUUUGGAUCGAACCAAUGUUGGAAACGCCAAAAUCCUCGGCCUCGAAGAAGACCUUAAUAUCACAAACCAUCAGUAUGAUAUUGGCUUGGCUGUGUACUAUCUCACAUACAUCUGCAGCGAAGUGCCGAGUAACCUCAUCAUCAAAAAGGCAUCCCCGAGGGUUUGGUUACCUUUCUUAACCGUAAUUUGGGGCAUAAUCACCAUGAGUUUAGGAUUUGUGCGGAACUUUGCUGAUUUUGUUGGUGUUCGCUUUGUUCUGGGAAUAGCAGAAGGUGGCCUUUUACCUGGCAUGGUACUUUACCUGUCUUCAUUCUACAGACGAGGAGAUCUGGCUUUGCGUAUUGGAAUUUUCUAUACGGCUGCUUCAUUAUCGGGUGCUUUUGGGGGUCUUUUAGCCCGUGGAUUGGUCGAGAUUGGACCUCGAGGAGGGAUUGAAGGAUGGCGCUGGAUUCUGAUCAUGGAAGGUCUGCUGGUGAGUGUUUCCCCUAUUCAAUGACCAGCUCAGUUAUUCUGACAGCAUUGCCAACUGAGACCUUUGUAUGUGGCGUUCUGAGCUAUUUUGGACUCCCAAACAGUCUGGAAACUGCAUAUUUCUUGAGCCCCGAGGAACGACAAUUUGCUCGACAGAGGGUCUUGCUUGAUAGUCCAACUGUUACAGAAGGGCAGGUCUACCCUAUCUCGAAAUCAGCGCUUUGGCAGAUGAACAGGAGGCAUUUAGAUGGUCAGAAGUACAAC